AUGACUGAACAACAACAACAACAGAGUAGCAGUACAACUAGCACUAAUUAUAGGAAUCAAGACGAACAAGAACAAGAACAAGAACAAGAACAAGAACAAGAAAAGAAUCAGGAAGAAGAACAAGAAAAGAAUCAGGAAGAAGAACGAUCAAAAGAAGAACGAGAAGAAGAACAUGGACAGGAAAUCCAAGCUCAACCAUCAAACAUCAUCGAGAACCCUAUCAAUAACCACUGUACUACAGACCAGCAGCAGCAGCAGCAGGAUAUCAGAAACAACUCAGAACAGACUCAUGACCAAAGAUGGUGGAUCAAACAGGUACUAUGGCCACCCUUCCCAACCCAGAAUAACUCAAGACCACGCUCAGUCUCAAUCCUUAUGCAAAACCACAACGGUCCCUGUUCCUUGCUAGCAAUCUGUAACGUACUCCUACUACGCGGCGCGAUCACCCUCCCAGGCCCAUCCAAUCGAACCUCGAUCUCAUUCAGCAGCUUACUAACUCUCCUCGCAGACUAUCUAGUCCAUCAACAACUUCAACCUCACCAACUACACUCAGCACUCUCCACCAUCCCAAUCACUCAGACAGGCCUUGACCUCAAUCCAAGCUUCGCUUCUAUCGAUGGCUUCAGACCUACCUCUCACUCCGCCUCCUCUUCAUCCUCCUCCUCCUCCUCAUCCACUGUCCAUGGCCUCGAUCUCUUCACAGCCGUCGGAAUCCCACUCGUUCAUGGCUGGAUUGCCGACUCUCAAGACUCGGAUACCUGGGACGUGAUCGUUGGAAAGUGUGGUGAUUAUGAUAAGGCGGUCGAAUUGGUCGUGACUGGCGAAGAACUAUUAACAAAACAACUCGAGAACCCUCAUCUGGAACUCAACCAGGAAGAACAAGAUCUGCUGAGAGAGGCUCUACUCGUCCGAAAGUUUCUUGAUUCCACCUCGACCCAACUAAGUUACCCGGGCCUAUUUCAGCUUGCGACUGGAUUGACCACCGACUCCCUUGUAGCCCUACUCCGCAACUCCCAUCUCUCAGUCCUCUACCGACGCCCACUUCUACCUGUCAAUCUACCCACACCGGCCCCUCCCCCACUACCUCCACCACCAGACCAGACAGAUCCGGACUACGACCACGCGACGGCCUUGGAGGUUCAUGCGGUCAGCCAGCAACUGAUGGCUGCCGAACAUGCCUGUACGGAUCCAGAAGAGCUGCUAGAUGACCCCCGCUUGCCCAAGCUCUUCACCCUCGUCACCGAUCUGGCCUUCCUCAACGAACCACAGAUCGUCUGGGAAUCCCUCGAGGACGUCGAAGGCGGUCUGAGCGAAUUCUACGACUGGAAACUCACUCCAAGUCGGCUCAAAAACUCGGCACCUAAUCAGACAUCUCAUCCGAAUCCGACACCCAACCAGCUCAAUCAAUCGACACAUUCCACCGGCCCACCACGCUCUAACACAGAUACCGAUUUAAAUCUAGCUCACCAAUUACAAGAAGAGGAAUACGAGCGUGUCCGUCGAUCCGAACAGCCGCCCGUCCAUCAACCCAACAUCCCAUUGGGAGGCGGCAUACCUGCACCUCCUCCGCCCCGACCUGCACAGACCCAGCUCAAUACAACCACCGCUACCGCUUCAGCUCCAAUCAAGAAGAAGAAGAAGGGCUGCGUGAUCGUAUAGUCUCGUCUCAGCCACAACGAGUGUUCUGGGCGCGAAGGAUGUAACUUGGUCUUGCUUUCCUCGAAACACAGGGAGGAUGUCAUUCAACGGAAACAUCGUCAUCAUCGCUUACCGUUAUCUUAAUCUCUUGGCUGUAUCUAUUCAUAAGCUUAAUAUCCGUACCUCUUCUCGCUUUUGUGGACCUGAACAAUCAAGUUGUCUCCACCGCGAGGCUUCUGUUGUUGUCCUUCUUCUCACGCUUCUAAUUGAUCUCUUCUCUCAUCAAUUCAUUUCGGUAGCAAAGGAAGCAGUGACACAUAUUGGUCAUAAUCGUUGAGUAGGUAAUCUUCAUCUUGCUAACAACCCUUGGUACUUCCAUUAUCAUUAUCAUCAUCAUCAUCCAUUUGUUGUUAUUCCCUUGUACUAUAGAUCAUAUUAUGAUUCCACCAUACAUGCCACAUUAUAUCUUGUUUUCUACAUAUCUUUAUCAAAUAAGCAUUUCAAAGAAAAGAAUGUCGGACUCUCUGAUUCUUCUUCUCGACUCCCAUGUUCUGAAAGCACGCGAUUAACAGUCCAGA